AUGGAGAGAGGCAACCACACAGUGAGGGAGUUCAUCCUGUUGGGCUUCACAACAGACCCUGUGAUGCAGCUGGUCCUGUUUGUCCUCUUCCUCGGAGUGCACUGUGCAACCUUGCUGGGAAACACCACGCUCAUCGUGCUCAUCUGCAAUGACUCCCGGCUCCACACACCCAUGUAUUUCUUCAUUGGAAAUCUCUCUUUUCUGGAUCUCUUUUAUUCUUCUGUUUACACACCAAAGAUUCUCCUGACUUGCAUUUCUGAAGACAAGAGCAUCUCCUUUGCUGGCUGUCUAUCUCAGUUCUUCUUUUCUGCGGGCCUAGCUUACAGUGAGUGCUAUCUAUUGGCUUCUAUGGCUUAUGACCGCUAUGUAGCCAUUUCCAAGCCCUUGCUCUAUGCCCAGGUCAUGUCAAGGAGAUUGUGCAUCUGUUUGGUGCUAUAUUCCUACACAGGGGGUUUUGUCAAUGCAAUAAUAUUAACCAGCAACACAUUCACAUUGGAUUUUUGUGCAGGCAAUGUGAUCGAUGACUUUUUCUGUGAUGUCCCACCUCUGGUCAAGUUGGCAUGCAAUGUGAAUGACAGCUACCAAUAUGUUCUCUACUUUCUCUUGGCUUCCAAUGUCAUCACUCCUACACUGCUCAUCCUGGCCUCCUACUCCUUCAUCAUCGCUGCCAUCUUGAAGAUCCGCUCUGCCCAGGGCCGCCUCAAGGCCUUCUCCACCUGCUCCUCCCACAUCAUCUCGGUCACCUUGUACUAUGGCUCCAUUCUCUACAUCUACUCUCGGCCAAGUUCCAGCUACUCUCUCUCAAGGGACAAAAUGGUUUCUACCUUUUAUACUGUGUUGUUCCCCAUGUUGAACCCCAUGAUCUACAGUCUGAGGAAUAAAGAUGUGAAAGCAGCCCUGAGAAAACUCUUCAAGCUUGCACAGACCGAAGUCUAG